AUGCAAGUUUAUUUAAUUGACGAAGAGAAAUAUGAGGAAUUCGAACCAAUAAAUGAGAUGAUUGUGAACAGAAGUGGAGCGAAAUUAGAUCCUGAACCAAAGUUUAUGAUCAGUGGAUUGGUUUCAGAUGAAGAAUAUAUUAUGAAGUUGAGAAUUGAAUUGGCUGAUGAAUUCAGGAAAAAUAGUUGGAUUCCAGUUGCUGGUUCUACUAAGAAUGCAAGUCUCUCUAGAAGAACUCAAGCUGAAACUAGUAAAGAAUACGGAGCCACGUGGCACAAGAGGGUUGUUCAAUUCGAAAAGAUUCGAAUAACGAGAGAAUUCAAUGAAAAAAGGCAAAAUAUGGCAUAUGUGGAACCUGGUCAUAAAUACAUUCCUAUUCUCACAAUUUUCAAUGUUUCAACUGGAAUUUCAAUCGAUUAUCGUUUCGAUUUACUCGUUUUCAUUGCUGUUAAAAGUUAUCAAUCGAUACCUGUUCGUCAUGCAAAACGAAGGAAUCAAUUGAAUUGUCCACUCAUUUCUCUAAAUUCAUUUGAAGAAAAUGAGAAGCCAGUCAAUCUACUUUCAUUGGAAUUGUCUCCAAAAGAAUCUCAACAGAUGACUUCAUUUUAUCCAACUUAUUCGAAUGGAUUUCCGAAUGGAAUUGGAGAAACGAGUGUACCGUAUCCACAUAAUUCAUAUCCAUUUGAUUAUUUUCUCCUCUAUCCACAAGUACAGUAUCCACUGAAUCAACAGUUACUGUACUCAAUUCCUACUUCUUCAAUUCAUUAUUCUCAUAUCGAAGAUCAAAUUGUUCAUCGAUCAAUCCAAGACAAUAGAAUUGUUGUUGAAGAGCUCAUUGAAGAUAUUUAUAUUCCUGUGUUUGGUUGGAAUUCAGUUCUAAUUCCAGGAUGCAAACGAGAACAGAUUAAAGAGAAUGUUUAUAAUAUUUUGGGAUUUCAUCAUGAGAUAUGGUCUCCACAGGAAAUGGAACUUGAAAAUUUAUAUUUUCAAACUGAACAGAAUUAUCAUCCGUUGGAAAUGGAAUAA